GCGAGACGUUUUUCGGGAGUAGAGAGGCGUCGUCCUCGUCGGCCAUGACAGCUGCGCUGCUCGCCCGGGCCUAUGGCCGCGUCCGCGGAGCUCUCCGUGCUCGGGACUGGCGGCAGUUACAUACAAUCUACCAGUCUGUGGCACUGCCGGAGACACAUCAGAUGUUGCGUCAGACAUGCCGGGACUUUGCGGAGAAGGAGCUGGUUCCCAUUGCGGCUCAGCUGGACAAGGAACAUUGCUUCCCAGCAGCUCAGGUGAAGAAGAUGGGUGAGUUGGGGCUGCUAGCCAUGGAUGUGCCCGAGGAGUUGGGCGGUGCCGGCCUCGACUACCUUGCCUACUCCAUCGCCAUGGAGGAGAUCAGCAGGGGCUGCGCCUCCACUGGCGCCAUCAUGAGCGUCAACAAUUCCCUCUAUCUGGCACCUAUCCUGAAGUUCGGCUCCCAGAAGCAGAAGCUGCAGUGGGUCACUCCUUUCACCACUGGUGACAAAAUUGGCUGCUUCGCCCUCAGCGAACCAGGGAACGGCAGCGACGCGGGCGCCGCCUCCACCACGGCCGUCGCAGACGGUGACUCCUGGGUCCUGAAUGGCACCAAGGCCUGGAUCACUAACUCCUGGGAGGCCUCCGCCGCCGUGGUCUUCGCCAGCACGGACAGGUCCCUGCAUAACAAGGGCAUCAGCGCCUUCCUGGUUCCCAUGCCAACGCCUGGGCUCACGCUGGGCAAGAAGGAAGACAAGCUGGGCAUCCGGGCCUCGUCCACGGCCAACCUCAUCUUUGAGGACUGUCGCAUCCCCAAGGAAAACCUGCUAGGGGAGCCGGGAAUGGGCUUCAAGAUCGCCAUGCAAACCCUGGACAUGGGCCGCAUUGGCAUCGCCUCCCAGGCCCUGGGCAUCGGCCAGGCUGCUCUCGACUGUGCCGUGACCUACGCCGAGAACCGCAAGGCCUUUGGGGCGCCCCUCACCAAGAUCCAGGGCAUCCAGUUCAAGUUGGCGGACAUGGCGCUGGCCCUGGAGAGUGCCCGGCUACUGACCUGGCGUGCUGCCAUGUUGAAGGACAAUAAGAAGCCUUUCAUCAAGGAGGCUGCAAUGGCCAAGCUAGCUGCAUCGGAGGCUGCCACCGCCAUCAGCCACCAGGCCAUCCAGAUCCUCGGUGGCAUGGGCUAUGUGACAGAGAUGCCGGCCGAGCGACACUACCGUGAUGCCCGCAUCACCGAGAUUUACGAAGGCACCAGCGAGAUCCAGAGGCUGGUGGUUGCUGGGCAUGUGCUUAAGAGCUACCGGGGCUGAGCCUGUGCCCGUGGGGAGCCGGGCUGGCCUGAGGACCGGGGGGUCGGGGUACAUGGCCUCAAUCGUGACUCUUCCCUCAGAGAUACAGGUCCAUGCCUCCUUGUGCCGCCAUGCCACCCGGCCUCUGCUCUGGGCUGGGUGGAAGGGGCUCCUGCUGCUGCCUGCGGAUGCCCCUCACCUCCCCACAAACCCAAACUAUCUGGAAGCAAGUCUGAGGGACCCACGUCAGCUCAGCGUCCUGGCUCUUCUCCCUUCUCUUCACCACUGUGCCUCACUUUCUCCACCUGGUAGAAGUGGCCUCCUGGAGGAGGCAGGGGGUGCUGUGUGGCCCCUUGCUUUGGUUCCUGUUUUCUGGGCUCCAUGCAGUCUACUCUGCUCAUGGGGUCCUGGUGCUCAGCGUGAGGACCCAGCUGGGCAGGCUCGGGGCAGCCUCUGCUCUGUCCCCUGAGUUCAGGGGUCAGGAGAAGGUAUCUGGUGGGGCCAGAAUGACCGGACCUCAAAGCAGCAGAGGCCUGGGGUUCUGCCUGUCUUGGGGAGGGGCUGGGCUUGUGGAAACAGCCCAGAGCCCACUGAACCGUUCUUGGUAAAGUACCACAGGGGUACAGUAGGCAUUCCAAGUCAUGCUCUGGGGCAGUGAGGUGAGGCUGGCUG